CACAUUCCUGCUUUUGCUUUACAGGCAUGAAUGAGGCAACCCUCUUGUUUCCUACAGAUGGUAUUUCAAUUCCAUUUAAUUAAAAAUGUUUAACAAGAGAAUAACUCGAUUCCUUAAAAAACGGUCGUAAGACGACUAAUAACAUGAUUAAGUAUAAGAUUAGGUUAAUAAUGCAAUUAAACGCUGUGCUUAAUCAUUUAAAACCAAACACACAGAAACACACCUUUACACAAAGACCACUUACAAUCCAGACACGCCUCCCUCCGCCAUUAAAACACAACACAAGCCUUCUUCUUCGAGUCAGCGACAAUAGGGUUACCCGAAGAGCCCCACCGUAACUCCACCGAGGAUUCGAGCUCCUGCUUUGGGUUAAGGAAGAAGCACACCAAGGAGAAACCGAAGAUGACUCAGACCAACGCCGGAGCUUCAACCGGAGCCGCCGCCGCCGCAACGACGGAGCUUCCUCCUCCUCAACCUCAGCCGCAGACGCAGAGAAGCGAGAUGGUGUUGCACACGGGAAGCUUGAGUUUCAGCAGCCACAUGUCGAGAGAAGACGAGGAGAUGACUCGCUCUGCUCUCUCUGCGUUUAGAGCUAAAGAGGAUGAGAUCGAGAAGAGGAGGGCGGAGGUUCGUGAACGGAUCCAGGCUCAGUUGGGUCGGGUCGAGGAAGAAACCCGACGACUCUCAACCCUUCGCGAGGAGAUUGAGUCUAUGGCAGAUCCUAUGAGGAAGGAAGUCUCUGUGGUUCGUAAGAAGAUUGAUAGUGUUAACAAAGAACUCAAACCUUUAGGUUCCACCGUUCAAAAGAAGGAAAGGGAAUACAAGGAAGCACUUGAUACAUUCAACGAGAAGAACAGGGAGAAAGUGCAGCUGAUCACCAAACUCAUGGAGAUGGAACAGUUGGUAGGAGAAAGCGAGAAGUUGAGGAUGAAGAAGCUGGAGGAGCUGAGCAAGAGCAUUGAAGAAACCGUGUGAAUGUGGUUCAUGAUACUAAUUGGGUUUAGGAUCGGCUUGGUUUCUUUGUGUGAUGUACCUAGUUUUUACAUUUUUUUUUGCAUUUUGUAACGUGUGUGAUUGUGGGUUAUUUUUAUUUUGUUAGGCUUGAAAAAUCUCUGGGGGUUGGUUUGUAAAAUUUGUGGGUUGUCUUAUUUUUUGAUUAACCAAGUUAGGGAGUGUGAAAUGGGAGAUUAUUUAGGAUACUGAAACUCGUCACAGUGAAAUUAUGUUUCUUUGUGUUCUUGCUUCUCAGUAAUUUGUUUUUUUGAA